CGUCUUGACGGAGACAUAAUAUUUGGAGGGCUUUUCCCGAUGCACGAAAAAGGUCAGAACGGUGUGAAUUGCGGCGAUAUCAAGCGUGAAAAGGGCAUUCAACGCCUUGAAGCGAUGUUGUUUGCAGUAGACAGCAUUAACCGAGACCCAGAUUUACUGCCAGGUUUAAAAAUUGGAGUUCACAUCUUAGAUACUUGUAGUUUUGACACCUACGCGUUAGAACAAUGUAUGGAUUUUAUCAAAGCCCAAAUGACGACCAUUGAUCUUGCGGAUUACAAAUGCAAUGACGGCCAGGCUCCAAAAUAUGUCCAACUGAAGCCUGUUUCUGGUGUGAUCGGGGCUGCAGCGAGCACAGUGUCCAUUAUGGUAGCUAACAUACUUCGUCUUUUCAAGAUUCCUCAAAUUAGUUACGCCUCAACAAGUAUCGAUCUCAGUGACAAGUCUCGAUUCGAAUACUUCUCACGAGUUGUGCCCCCUGACUCGUUUCAAGCACGCGCUAUGGUUGACAUUGCCGCCCGAUUCGGUUGGAACUAUGUCAGUACCCUUGCCGACGACGGAAAUUACGGCGAAAAAGGCGUUAGUGCAUUCGAAGAGAUUGCUAAGAAAUUCGGCAUCUGUGUGGCCCAAUCGUUGAAGAUAUCACGGAUGGCGACGGACGAAGAAUUCGACAAAAUUGUGGACGAUCUCAUCUCUAUUCAUAAGGCAAAAGCUGUGGUAAUGUUUGUCAACGAAGACAACUGUCGUAAACUGCUUUUGACGUUACGACGUCGUAACAGAACGAUGGAGUUGACGUUUUUGGCGUCAGACAGCUGGGGUGCCAAGAUACAUCCUGUGUAUGGACAGGAAAUUUUCGCAGAAGGGACGCUUAGUCUGCUUCCGAAGCGUCGGGUUAUUGCAGAUUUCGACGAGUACUUUUUGGGUCUUACGUUGCCUCAUGCCCAGAUUGAUCCAUGGUUCAGUGAAUAUUGGGAGUCUAUCUUCGACUGCACCAUGCAAGACAAGCCGAACAGAACACGCUGCUCUGGUACAGAGGACAUAUCAGCUUUCAACAAGGCCCACUACGAGCAGGAAGGCCUGGUUCAGUUUGUGAUAGACUCGGUCUAUGCCCUCGCCCAUGCCGUGCACAGCCUUCUAACGGACUCAUGUCCGCUAGGUCCUCGGGAAUGCCUCGAGGCUGGCUAUAUAACGGGAGAGGAAGUGCUGAAUUAUAUCCGCAAUGUCUCUUUCGUUGGUAUCGGAGGAGAUGAGGUGAAGUUUGAUUCAAAAGGAGACGGGCUGGGCAAGUAUGACAUUUUCCAAUACCAGCAUCUCACGGGAGACAGAUACGACUAUGUCCGAGUGGGCGAGUGGAUUGAUAGAUUGGUGAUAUUCAACGACACACUACUUUUCCGAAACCGCACUACCAACGUUCCGAGGUCUGUUUGUUCGGAAGAAUGCCCGUUUGGAUACAUCAAGAAUAACACUGUGGAGAGCGACACGUGUUGCUGGGUCUGCAUACGAUGCCGGGAAAAUCAGAUGUUAAAGAAUGAGUACACUUGUCAGGAUUGCCCAGAUGACUACACACCGAAUAGAAAUUUGACCUUAUGUAUUCCCCUUCCUGUCAUGCAUCUCAACUGGGACUCUCUCUGGGUCCUACUUCCGGUUUCUGUUUCAUCAUUGGGAAUGUUGGCGGCUGGUUACGUUAUAUACGUGUUUAUCAAGUUUAAUCGCACUCCUUUAAUAAUGGCUUCGGGCCGUGAACUUUGUUAUGUUCUUUUGUGUGGGAUUUUCAUGUCAUACGGAACAACAUUUAUACUUCUUGCACAACCGACUGUUAUCUUAUGUACAGUAAAAAGAUUCAUGCUUGGCAUAUCUCUUUGUCUCAUCUACGCAUCGGUGCUCGUCAAAACAAAUCGAAUAUACAGGAUAUUUAACCGCGGAGUGAAGGCGAUGGUCAAGAAACCAAGUUACACGAGUCCGCGGUCUCAAAUCUGUAUCUGUUUAAGCCUUGUAUCCGUGCAAAUAGUUGGAGGAUUAACAUGGAUUGGUUUCGAGAAGCCAGAAACACUAUACGUGAAGCACUACACGGACUUCCUCGUGCUAACUUGCAAGGCGAGCCAGAUAGCAAUCCUUCUAUCGCUCGUAUAUAACAUGCUUCUUAUUAUUCUGUGUACGGUGUUUGGAUUCAAAACGAGAAAGAUCCCCCAAAACUUUAAUGAGGCCAAGUAUAUAGCAUUCACCAUGUACAGCACGUGUAUCGUGUGGUUAGCAUUCAUUCCAAUAUACUUUGGUGCCAAUCAUGACUUUAAGAUCGAAGUGACUUCAUUGUGUAUGUGUGUUAGUAUAAGUGCUACUGUCGCGCUUGUGUGUUUAUUUGGACCAAAGGUUUACAUUGUGAUUUUUCAACCACACAAGAACGUUCGACAAGGCGCAACGCCAGGUUUACAGGCAGCCGGGCGAAGUUUUGCCAAACCUUUCAUACCGAGCGUUAACAGUCCAGGAGCGUUGUGCAACGCCUCGUCUUAUGCCUCUUACGAGACCCACAACGGGCAUGUGAAGGACGCUCAAAAAAUCACGACAUCGGCACUUACUACAACUAUGACAAUUGAGACUGUAAAUGAUGUAUUUUCAGACAGCUUAGAAGAAGAUGAUGAUGACUUUUGUGACGAACCGUUCAUUCCAAAACCAACCGUGGAUAAAGCCACUUCAACUUCAGAACAAUAGCACUCAAUGAAAACUGUCAUAUAUUGUAUAAUAAUAAUCUAAUCUAACCCACCCCGAUAACUAAUUGUGAACUAUAGCAAUUUUAAUGUUUUAAGACUACAUGAUUCGUGAUAAACAUAUUUCAACAUGAGUACCGACUUCCCCAUGAGCACAUUCGGUUGAUUAAUAAUUGGCGCAUAACACAUAUUAGCAAAAGGUAAAAAACAAAGAUCUCCACUAUAACCACAUUGUCAAAUUGAUAAAAAAGCUUUGCAUAUAUCAGCCCCUUACAAUAUUGAAACAAUAAUUCCAUGCAGAAAUAGUUUGAUGCUGUGGCAAUAGCAAUAUCAUUUAAGAUUCAUAUUGGAGAAAUGAUCAUGAGAUUACUUCAUGAUGGCAAAAAAAAAUCUUAUCCGUUGAAAAAAGAGAUCGAGCCACUUUUUCCGCUUUUCGACUCAAUAGAAAAAAUAUUCUUCACUAAAAUUUAUUGUAUAAAUUCAAAAUAAUUAAGUAAUAAUAGCAUUGUCAUAAGGAGCAUUCCCCCUUAAAGCUUUAAACAAAACCGUUCCACUGAAACUAAUUAUCUGUAUCGGACAUCGGAUAUAAUCAUAAGGUGACCCCUUUUUCAUGAAUGUCAAACCAGACUUGCCAACAAAAUAUGGCCGUCAGAGGCAGAACCUACUUUCUUUCAAUGAAUUUAAAGGACACUUCGAUGGAACCGAUAGUCAAAAUUGAAAGUAAUUUGAAAGAAAUUAUCGUAAUCAAAAGUGCUAACACCAACCAAAUUUGUCAAAAACAUGGCUGCAAAGAUAACCUCUAGCAUGACCUUUCAAAUGUAUUUUGAAUAUUUGUUACUAUGAGGCAUUGGAAUUUGUAGAAAGUGUAUAGUUUUAUUGUUUUGUGAAGAGUUUUGCAAACAAAUUUCAUUUUUUUCCCUUGAUGACAUUGGUUAUGACAUUUUGACCUACUUACUUUGUUUCGAAGCAGUGGAACUGCCGUUUGAUCGUGAGCUUAAGACCUGCUUCAGAAUCUUUUGUAAUACGUAGUAUUUUUAGCAUGUGUACAAUUUUGUAAAAAAAACAAACAAGUACAAAACAAUAUCCUUUAAACUCAUUGUCUUAUUUAUGAUUCUCAAGUAUUGAAAUUUAGACACUUUUAAAAUAUUUCCAACUAUGUCCAUGACUUUGAGCUUAACAUUUUUACAAACAUAUUAUAUUCUGAAGCUACCGCAAUAAACAGCAAUUGAAGUUCUUAGGGUGUCAAUUGGUAAAAAAUUCAUAUAGCGCACUUUAGAAAAUUUCAUAAUAAUAAAGAAGCGAUUAAGGGUAAUGUUCAGAUUAACAAUAUUGCCUUGCUCACGAAUUAUAUGACGCAUUUGUAAAUGUUUUCUAUCAUUGUCUUUUUAAAUUUGUAUAAACAAACACAUUAUAUAUACAAUUUUCCAAUAAUAUUAUGUGUAAUAGUUUGACAACAUCUCCUUUAAAAUGUUACUAAUUAACAAGAAAUUGAGCAUUUUAUAUCCCAAAAUUAUGUUUCUUAUUGAUAAAAAAUCCGUCGCCUGCAGUUGUUUUACAUUUAUUUUGUACAUUUAUGUUGUGUUGAACAGCUUACAAGUUAUGUUUAUAUUUAAAUAAUAAUUUCAUCGUCGUUCUUGGUCAGUUUUGAUUUCACUGAUAAAAAGAUAUUUUUUAAAAAGCAAACGCUGUCUUAUUCGUAAGGAUAAAUGAUGUUAACGCCCUGUUUAUACACUAGUGAAACUUUAUGUACAUAGACAUAGCAUUUCUUUUUUCACAUUGUCAUAUGUAUUUGUAAAAAGGUGAUGUACACACAUACUUCGGACCAAUCGUCUAGCUGUAUAUUAUGUAUUGUGUGUAAAUAUACAUGUGCCCUUUUGUGAUGUAGAUCAUAAAUGCUCAUAUUAUGUAUCUGAA